AUGUCCGCUCCCGGCCCCGAAUCCGUGCCAACUUCGGCCGAUCCUCGCUCCCACCGUCCAACAAAGAAGCGCGCUCUUACCCCCCUCUCAGCGCAAGCCGCCUCGGUAGAUGCCCUCUUCGCAAAGCCCGACCAGAACAUCCGUAUCCCCGAGUCCUCCACCUCCGGCGCCGUCGGUGCCGCAUUCCGCUCCGCUCCCCCGGAAAUCGUCACCAACGUCCAAGGUUCCAGCGCCGGUGCAGGCUCGGGCGAGUUCCACGUCUAUAAAGCCAGCCGACGGCGCGAGUAUGAGCGCCUUCGCAGCAUGGACGAGGAUCUCCGGCGGGAAAAGGACGUUGAGGAGUUUAGCAAGGAGAAAAGUGAGCGCGACCGCAGAGAUGAGGAGCGUACGCGCAAGAACCGCGAGAAGAGGGAGAAGUUGAAGGCUCGCCAAAGCAAGAAGGGCAAGGGUUCUGCUGGAGCGACUGACAAGAAGCCCAAUGCGACGCAGCUGAGAACCGUCACAAACAGCUCUUCACAUACAGGGGACGAUAAUAAGAACUCUGCUGAUGAUACUCAAACUAUAAACCAGUCUGGUAACGAUGACUCGGAAUCAGCACCUUCUGCGCAACCUGCAGGUCUAGUCAUUCACGAUGAAGACGACUAA